AUGAUGGCUGCACUGUUCCGGACCACAGCUCGUUACCCGAUGAGUGGACUGGCAGGUCGUACGGGUUUCCAGCGCUCUUUAUGGGUAAAGGUCCACGAUGAACAGGACCCAAGUCGAGUAGCCAGCCGUAUGCAGACAAUCCUGGCCGAGGACGGGACACUUAAAACGCUGGGGCUCAAGAGGUUUCACGAAAAGAAGUGGCAGAAGCGCAAGCGCAAAGCUGAGGAGCAAAAUAUUCGCCGUGCGAAUCGACGCGUUGGUUCCAUGAUCGACUUUAUCCUACGUCGCAAGAACUCGGGUCACUAA